GGCUGCCGCCACCACGCCGCGCGCAGUACUCCGCGUCAAGAAUGGGGCGGCCAAACUGCCCAAGCCGCCCGCCGCCGCCGCCGCCGCGGCCGAGGCUCCCGGCGCCGGCGCGGGCAUGGAGCGCUCACAGAGCCGUCUCAGCCUGUCCGCCUCCUUUGAGGCGCUCGCCAUCUACUUCCCGUGCAUGAACUCCUUCGACGACGAGGACGCGGGAGACAGCCGGAGGCUGAAGGGUGCCAUUCAGCGGAGCACGGAGACGGGCCUGGCUGUGGAGAUGCCUAGCCGGACACUGCGUCAAGCCAGCCACGAGUCCAUUGAGGACAGCAUGAACAGCUAUGGCUCGGAGGGCAACCUUAACUAUGGAGGAGUUUGCCUGGCAUCGGAUGCCCAGUUCAGUGACUUCCUAGGCAGCAUGGGGCCAGCACAGUUUGUGGGCCGCCAGACCUUGGCUACUACGCCCAUGGGAGACGUGGAGAUUGGCUUGCAGGAGCGGAACGGUCAGCUGGAAGUGGACAUCAUUCAGGCUCGGGGACUGACAGCCAAGCCAGGCUCCAAGACACUGCCAGCUGCCUACAUCAAGGCCUACCUAUUAGAGAACGGCGUUUGCAUUGCCAAGAAGAAGACCAAAGUCGCUCGCAAGUCGUUGGACCCGCUGUACAACCAGGUGCUGCUGUUUCCUGAGAGUCCACAGGGCAAAGUCCUACAGGUGAUCGUGUGGGGAAACUAUGGGCGAAUGGAGCGGAAGCAGUUCAUGGGUGUGGCCCGCGUGCUGCUGGAGGAGCUGGACUUGACCACCCUAGCUGUGGGCUGGUACAAGCUCUUCCCCACCUCCUCCAUGGUGGACCCAGCCACAGGUCCCCUGCUGCGGCAGGCAUCGCAGUUGUCCCUUGAGAGCACCGUUGGGCCCUGCGGCGAGCGAUCUUAGUGCCGGGGAUGGGGAGGGGCUCCCCAAGAUGGCCUGGAGACCGCCCAGCCCUGACCUGGGACCCCAGGCCCAGAGGCACAUUAAACAGAGGAGUAGGGGGUUCUCCCCCACAGUGGGGAAGCAGAACUGGGAGACCUGCCUCGCGACCUCUCCUCACUCCUUCUUUGCCUCCUACCCUUCGAGACCUUCCCUCUCCCAUUGGGUUGGCUGCACUUUUGACUUGGCCAGUUGUUAGCCUGGUGGAUAUGGCUGCACUAGGAGAAGGACUGAGGUGGCAGGGCAAACCACCCCCUGCCCAAACACUGUCCCACCUGUCCCCAUGUUGCCUCCUCGGAAGCUUGCUGCCCGGAGCCAAGUCCAGAACCCAGCCGGCCAUCUCCAUGGUGCCAAUUACCAGCAAGUGUCUUUCCUGCGGCACCGGGUUCAGGCAGCUACUCCUGCCCCAGAGCUGAGGGGCAGCUUUGCAAGGAUCCGGAGCCAGCUCCCACGGGCCCAGAGCCCUCUGCCUGAAGAGGAACUCAGGCCUUCCUCUGCCCGCCCGAGGAAGGAGCUUUGCCGUAGCCUGUCCGAGUUCAUCUAUCCAUCCCCUCCUGCCUGCCCCUCUUCUGGUGGCUCUAGGAAUUAGGGGCCAGCAGGGACCAAAGGAAAGGAGGAGGUGCCUAGGGGUGGCUAGGGUGCCUCGCUCCAUGGGAUUGCCACAGGCUAGACUGUUGCUGAAUUAGAACAGUAUCAUCUGUGUUCUGGUGGAAGAAUGGCAAGACCUUGAGUUUCCAGAACCCUGUGACCAGGGAAUUCAUCAUCUUGGCAUUUGGGGGAUCCUGGUGGAUCCAGGAAAGGGGGAACUGAGGCUGGUGGUGUCAAGAACUCCUGCUUGUUAGGUGAGGUCAAAGGUCACCUUGUGUUCUCCUUUGCCUCCAGGUUAGGGGCCAGGGGAGGCAGUGAGCCACCCUAUUUUAGUAUUUUUAAAUAAACCAUCUUGUACCAAGGGCAGGAGCCCCUGCCCGCCCUCAGUCCCUUUGGCUCAAGGGAAGAAGGUGGCAGGAAGGAGUGAGGAGUUAGGAGUAAAACCCAAGAGGCCUGGGUAGCUGCCUUCACCGUGGCCUUCCCUGGGCCCAUGGGAGCCCUUUGCAUGCAAGGGAGGACACAGGCUAGGCCCUCUUCUGUAGAAGCACAUUUCUGCCACCUCCGCCCGGGAGGCAUCCAGCAGCCGAUCCUCUUCACCUAGUCCCUGCUGUGUAGGGCGUAGUCCAGGUUAGCUGGGUAGACUUAGUAUUCUCGGCCUGGGGCCUGAUCUUAGCUCAGAGUAGUCUUUACAGAGUCCUAGGCUGGAGAUGGAGAGGAGACCCAAGUACAUUCCAGGAGACUAUGUCUCCUUGCUGGCCUGGGCCCGGAUCAGCCACCUGGUUCCUGGGAGGCCAGCAGCCCCUCUCCUCCUCCCCCUGUUCCCUUCAGACCUUCCCUUGUAGGGAUGUAGCCGGAGCUGUCCAUUAUACUCAACAUUGACUUGUUAUCCUCGGUUCUCACUUUCUUCAUGAGAUGUUUCUGAGGUUUGCUGGGCCUUGGUGAAGAGGCCUGGUUUCUGCAGACUGAGGAGCCCUAGGCUCUCCUUGGUCCCACCUUGUUCCUGGUUCCCCCAGGGAUACCUUCUACUUGGAAAUCCUCCCCACUCCUUUGCCUGGUUAAGCUAUAGAUGUCCUCUAAAGUUAAGUUUUGUCCCCUCUGUGGAACUCUUGGGAAGUCCCAUGGGAAGGAGAAGUGGAGAUCCUGUUCUCCUCUGGGUCUGCAGAGCUUCCCAGAGCCAUGGAGGGGAAAUCCUAAGGCUGGGAUGGUGUGGAAGGGCUCGGGGCUCCAGGGAGUGCCUAUCCAAGGCCCACAAUCAACUCCUCUUCCCGGCCUCCCCCCCCCCCUUUU